GUCUUGCUCACACUCAUAAAUCUCUACCCUGUUUCCUCUUAUCGCUCUCUCUCUUUCUCUCGCUCUCUCGCUUUCUUGCCCUCACGUUAUCAACCUGGUAGUUCUCGCUCUCUCGCUUUCUUGCCCUCACGUUAUCAACCUGAUGGACGAUUUUGAUUUCAAACAAGCGGUGACAACUCUGAAUCCUGUUAUUAAAGAGGUUGUCAGUGCCCGUGUUGAGACAGAGUGUGUCUAUGGAAACGUGCAGUUCGACAAUGUGACAAAGGGUAUUACCCAGACUAUGUCGGAUGAUCUUCAAAGUGCCGAGGUUAAAAGGAGAAAGUGCGUUAGAAUUAUGGAAGAUUAUAUGACUUCAUUUGGUACUAUGGGUAUGAACCAUCAAGAAUGGUUUUUGGAAAGGCUAAUGGUUAUCAAUCCUCCAAAGAUUGAUAACAGGGAAAUUCGAAAGGCUGAACGUGAAAAGUAUGAUUUUUAUGUUGUUGAGGUAAACAGUGACGAUGAGGUCGAUGAGAUGAGUCUGACUGCAACUUAUAAGAAUAAAUAUUUGUUUGAAUCUAGCCUUUCUGAAGUGUAUGAUUAUCCCCUUGCAAAAGGUUAUACUGAUUUGGAGACUUAUAAGGUGAACUUGCAGUCUUUGAUACGUGAGAUGAUUAAGGAAGAGUUUCCGUAUGAUGAAUUUGCUCGACAUGUUGUAAGGAUCCUUUUAACUGAUGGACCAAUGGCGGGCAAGCUGCCUUUACUGGAACGACUACUGCAGUUUAAACAGCUUGCUUCUUGCAUGACUGUUUUUGAUGGUGUGAGGAAGAGACUUCUUGAGGAUGUUCAGAGGAGAAAAUUAUUAGGAGGUAGAAUGCUGUCUGGGGAAGCUCUCAAGGACUCUGAAGAGGGAUUUGGAGAUGAGGACUCAAAAGAAGUGUCUGAGAAAGCUGUUCAAGGGGAGGAGGACACUAAAGGUAUAGCUGAGGAUGCUGUUCAGGAUAAGGACCAAGAUAAAGGGGCAGCUUAGCAGCAGCUCAGCUUGUUAAUAAAUAUUCUUCAGAAACAUUUCCAUGAUCAUCCUGUCGUGAAUAUUGAAACAAAUAUUAGAAUUGCCACGUCAGAAAAGACAAACUUGGUAAUAAAAAAGAUACCUUUACA